AUGGAAAAGUUAAAGAAUAUCGGUUGCAUAGCAAAGAUGAAAAAAACAGGAAAAAAACGGUUGGAUUGGUGGCAUCGAAAUCGCGUUGGUACAAGGGCGAAUAUGCUAAAGAAAAUGUACAACGUCAAUGUUCCAGUAGUAACGAUAGAGGAUGGAGAACAAGAAGAGCAACAGAAUUUCUACUCAUGUCUACAUGCCACAUCUGAUAACUGGAGAAACAUGUACAGAAAUCUCCUGAUUCCAGCUGAACUUCAAUGUUUAAAUCCAGGCUGUCUUGUUAGCGACCUCAUUAUUGAAGCUUUUCUUCAAUACCUCAAAUUUGAAUAUGCUGAUGAAAAUGUGAAACAAUCCACCAUUGCAUUGUCAAGCUAUUUCUGUACCAAGCUCAGGUCAUCUACCCAUAAAACCAUCACAACAGCAAAUGGAGCUGAAAAAAAGGUUCCCAGAAAUGACAG